CACUAGUCGCGAUUGAGGAAUCCGAGUGGCAAGAGAUUAGCCGUAAUUUAUUGCGUGUUUUGUUUGUAAAUUAAUUUGCGGUGAUCAGUGAGGGUCUCGAGACCCUUGUUCAAUUAAACGAUGACAAAAAAGUCCUACAGUCCGAACGAAAAUGGGAACGUAAAUUCAGCCUACAACGGAAGCGGAAGUAGCUCAAAUUUAUCCGAACCUAUUGGAACUGCACCGACUGAAUCCACUCUACUAUCUGGAACGCAAACGUAUUUUGCUGAUGAAAGGAUUCGCAUACCUGAAACAACACAUGAUGGAUUUAGUUUCAGGAAACUAUGGGCAUUUACAGGCCCAGGUUUUCUAAUGUCCAUAGCGUAUUUGGAUCCUGGAAAUAUUGAAAGUGAUUUACAAUCCGGUACUGUGGCACAGUAUAAAUUAUUAUGGAUGUUAUUGUCCGCUACAAUUUUGGGGUUGUUGAUGCAGCGGUUAUCUGCAAGAUUGGGUGUCGUUACAGGGUUGCAUUUAGCAGAAAUGUGUUAUAGGCAAUACAAAAAAGUUCCUAGACUAAUUUUAUGGUUGAUGAUUGAAGUUGCAAUUAUUGGAUCAGAUAUGCAAGAAGUAAUUGGUACUGCUAUAGCUAUUUAUUUAUUAUCUGGUACAAAAAUCCCAAUUUAUGGUGGUGUUCUAAUAACAAUAGUAGAUACUUUCACUUUUCUUAUGUUUGACAAAUAUGGUCUAAGAAAGUUAGAGUCUUUCUUUGGCCUAUUGAUAACCGUUAUGGGAGUUACUUUUGGUUAUGAGUAUAUCAAUUCCAAACCUGAUGGUGUAGGAGUAAUAGAGGGUAUGUUUAUACCUUGGUGCAGCGGCUGUGAUAAGAGGGCACUUUUGCAGGCUGUUGGAAUUAUUGGUGCUGUGAUAAUGCCUCAUAAUCUCUACCUUCACUCGGCCCUAGUGAAAUCCCGAGAUAUCGAUAGAGCGAAACCAGAAAAAGUACGAGAUGCCAAUCUUUAUUUUUUCGUCGAGGCUUGUGUAGCCUUAUUUGUCAGUUUUGUCAUCAAUGUAUUUGUAGUGGCAGUAUUUGCUCAUGGAUUGUUCGAACAAACUAAUGCUGACAUUCAUAAAGCAUGCUUGAAAUAUCCAUCAAUAAACGCUUCAAUAUUUCCUGAUACUGGCGAAGAUGCCAAUAAGUUUGUCGACGCUGAUCUUUAUAAAGGGGGAAUUUUCUUGGGAUGUACUUACGGUAUUGUAGCAAUGUACGUGUGGGCUGUUGGGAUUCUGGCCGCCGGACAAAGUUCUACAAUGACAGGAACUUAUGCUGGCCAGUUCGCAAUGGAAGGUUUCCUCAACCUUCAAUGGGCUCGCUGGAAACGAGUACUUUUCACUAGAACAAUUGCCAUUGUACCUACCUUUUUGUUGGCUUUUUUCAGUAAUAUUGGAGACUUGACCAACUUGAAUGAUAUUCUGAAUGCCGUUAUGAGUAUUCAAUUGCCAUUUGCUGCUAUUCCUUGUAUUGCUUUUACUAGUAAUCCACACUUAAUGGGCGAAUUUGUUAACGGAUUGGGUAACAAAAUUAUGGCCACAACGCUCGGUCUCACAGUAAUCUGCAUCAAUAUUUUCACAGUGAUAACAACUGUAAUGGAAUUUGAUCUUCAUUGGUUUUCAUAUACGCUAAUAGCAAUGUUGGGUGUCUGUUAUGUAUUAUUUUGUAUAUAUUUAGUGAUUCACAUGACUGUCUCAAUGGGAGGCACACGUUUGCUGCGUUAUGACUUUGUAAAUAAUUAUGUGGUGGGACCUGUUGACGCAAAUUUGGGUGUAAACCCGAUAAGUUAUUCGAGCUCAGACUCAGAAUUACGCAGCCAAUCUUCCAGUGAUAUCAACAAAGCGUGAUAUUGAUUGAAAAACAUAUUCUAUAUUUUAAUGCCAUAAUUUUUCUUAAGGUGGCGUUCAUGGAUUCGAAGCAUGCGCCGUGUGCUGUCACUUUCUUUUUGAGAAAUUCAUGGCACAUUAUUCUAUAAAAUGAUACCCUGAGUGUGACUGGAAGUUUUACAUUAACUAACAUUGUAAUUAGAAAAGAAUCUCCCAUGGCAAAUAAUUACAUAGAACCAUCGUCUUGGUUAGCAGUGUUUUAGUUAAUGGAAAUUUUCUAAGAUAAAAAAAAAACAUAUAAGUAAAUGUACCUAUUGUUCGAUUUGCCAUAGGACAAUGAGUACAGCUUAUAACUUAACAAAUAAAAUAAGAAAUUUUUCCUGAUGUAAAAGUUUACUUGAUGUAACAUUUAUUUUGACAUGUAGAAGUUUGAUUCUAAUUUCAUCAAAUGUGGCAUUAUUUUUCUUCAUUAGGGACUUCAUUUCUCAUCUUUUCUUUGUAUAACUCUAUUAUGCAAAAGAUAAUAUUUUACUUUUACAGGCUGAGCCCCUAAAAAAAUUAAAUUUUGUGAUUGUUCUUGUAGAUUAGUAACUACAUAGUUGUUAGUAGAUAUUACUUAAAAUUGUUUUUUACAAGUUUGUGUGUGAUAAUGUUUUAGUAAUAAUUAGAUUAGCAUAAAUUUUAUAUUGUUGCCAAAAAUAAAUUAAAAUAAAACCAAAAAACAAUGCUGUAGUUUUUUUUUUAAACAAUCAAUUUUUAUUUUGAAAUACUUCCCCUGUUUAGGAACCAAAAUUUCAUAAAGAUCAGUCUUAAUAAUUAAAAAAAAAACUUAUAAAAUAAAAAGAAAUAACCAUUCUAAGUACACAUAAUUAAAAAAAAAAAAUAUUUACAAUAAAAAUUCAGCUUUUUUUUACAUCCAAGCUAUGGUUUAAUAUGUACAGAAUUAAUUCCUGGGACAAAAAUUACUUGAACACAAUGCGAACAUAUGUUUGUUUCAACAAGAAUCUAAUCUCAAGAUGAAUUCUUGCUGGAACAGACCUAAAUUACUCGAAAGAAAAUAUGUAAUAAUAAUGAGGGCGGUAAUACUAAAAAUAUGGAUGAAUUAUGUGCUAAUUAAUAAUUUACUUAAGCCAUAUUUAAAGUUUUACCAAAAAUAGAUCUAUUUUACUUUAUUUAUGAUUAAAUUAUUACAUUGAAAGCACCAGAAAAAAUAUAUAUGUAUAUUAAAAUUGUGAUGGCCGUUUUCAAUUAUUAUUAUUCUAUUAAAACAAAAUUUUAUUGCUAUAAUUUUUUUAUGCCCAUUUUUUUUUCAUUCUUAAACUUAAACUGGCCCUCGAGUUGUUGAGAUUCGAAUUGUAGAAUUAUUGAAAAACGACCAUACAUAGAAAUGUUAUUGCUGAUUAAAUUUUCUAGAUAUUCUUUUAGUAGGUAAUUGAGAUCAAAUAAAAUGGUGGCGAUUUUUAAAAAUUGAGAUGGUACUGAAUAAUAAUGUACUACCAAAAACGACCCAAAACACAAAAAAAUAAAUAAUCUUGUAGCAUAGUGCCAAGUUCCAAUUUAAUAUAGAAUUACAGAGAGAGUAAUCUAGCAUGAGCAAAAAAAAAAAUUAAUUGAAGACGUUUACAUCUGUACAGUCUAAUUUCGUUUUUUUGAGUUUGUGGGGAAAUGUAUUUAUUUGACUGUCUAGCCCAAGAAAUUUACCUGGGCCGCCAAAAUUUUUGCGAGAGUAGGCUGAUUUUUCCAGGGCUGAUUGGGGAGUGUGUCUUGAGUAUUGAGCCAAAAAAUCACACUCGAAAGCCUUGUGCGUUCGGCCCUAUUGGCCUUUUUCUUAUUUAUUUUUUUUUUUCGACAAAAUGACCUUUACAAAACUUGUAGGUAAUUACAUUCUGAUCAACUUUGCCUGAUGACUUUUUUUGCUAGCUAUUUUACUUUAGGCGCUGCGGCCAUUUUAGUGCUUCAAAAUUCGCAAAAAAAUUAAAUAGCAAACCUGCAGAUUAUUAUACCUAAUAAAAUUCUCUAUUACUUUGCUUGAUGAUAUUUUAUUGUAACUUUAUUUCUUUCGCUUGUACGGCCUUUUAGGCAUUUGAAAAAUUUUAUUUGACCUGGUGGACAUUGUGGCAUGCAUAGCGUUUCUAAGGAUUUGACACAUUUUGCAGGUAAAAUGUGGCGUUUUCGCGGACGGUUGCACAAUAGCUAUUUUUCUACAAUCUGCCUAGAAAGUAGACUUUGUCGAUUAGAUUUGUGCUCACAAAGUAGACAUUUCCUGAUGACCUCCACUUUGCCGCUUUAGAGCGUCAAACUACGUCAAAAUCCUUCACUUUGUCGCUCUAGAGGGGCAAAGUAGUGAAAGCGCUUGCUUUUACUACUGGUUUCUUUGAACCUGAACUAUUUUUUAUCAAAUGCGAUUGUAAAAAAAAUCAAGUAUGCAUUUGCCAAUAUCAACAAUAUCUUUCGAUCGGCAAAGUACCACUUUGCGCUCUUAAUACACAAAUAGUAUAUUGUGUAUUUAGGUGGAAAAGAGACACAUUCUCGGCCGACGGUGUAAGUUGACGGGCGAGGCGUAGCCGAGGCCGGCAAACACCGAAGGCCGAGAAUGUGCUUUUCCACCGAAAUACACAUACUAUUUUUUCUGCGAUCGGUUAAAUACCUGUUAAAUGUUUGUUUUUUAGUUCCAAUUAUUCAGCAGUACGAGAAUCACUUUCCCAGUUCGUCUUUCCCGUAUUGUUAUUCAUUGAUUCCUUAGCAACUAUUGAAACAAAAUUGAAAUACCAGAAUAUUGAGUUUUGCGACCUGUCAACUGGUCAAAAAUUAUGACAUUUCUUGUCAAAUGCAGAAAAAAACAUUUUGUCACUUUUCAGACAGGUAACAGGUCCCAGUAUUGUCAAAAAAAAAAACAUCAUUUCGAUUUCACGCUUUCACUCCGGGAAAAUGAUUUCACCGGAUUAGUGAUGUAAUGUAUGAUUUCCUGGACUGAAACCGAUAACGUAAUGAAGUACAUUACCAGUAAUUUUAUUAAAGUUACAAUAAUCUGCAGGUUUGCUAUUUAAUUUUUUUGCGAAUUCUGGAGCAAUAAAAUGGCCGCAACGCCUAAACUAAAAUAGCUAGCAAAAAAAGGCAUGAUGCAAAGUUGAUCAGAAUGUAAUUAUCUACAAGUUUUGUUAAGGUAAUUUUGCUGAAAAAAAAAUAAAUAAGAAAAAGGCCAAUAGGGCCGAAUGCACAAGGCAUUCGAGUGUGAUUUUUUUGGCUCAAUACUCAGGACACAGUCUCCAAUCAGCCCUGAAAACAUCAGCCUGCCCUCACAAAAUUUUUUGAAAAACCCAUAAAUUUCUUGGGCUAGUCGUCAAGACAUGCCAGAGCUCAAGCUAAGUUACUCUUUGUGCAUAAAUUUAUCUAUUCAGGUGCACAUUUGAAAAUAAUAAUAAAUCACACAAAAAAAAAAAAUCCGCUACAAAAACUGUAUCUGUUCCUAUGAAAUUUUUUUAAAUUUUUUUAAUAGACUUACAUAGCACUACUUUUUUUGUUUAGAUUGACAUAAGUUUAUCUUACGAUUAUUUUUAGCCAUUUUAUUUUUGUACAUUUUAAAACAUUGUGCACUAUGAACAAAAUAUUUCAACCAUCAUCAUUUAUAAUGAUUUUUCGGCAUGGUAGGUGGCGCCUUUAGGCCAAUAAUUUUUCAUUGCUACUUAAGAUCUACAUUUAGGAGUAUUUAAAUUAUUAGCUAAUCAAAAAAAACCAAAUAUACAAACAAAAUUAAAUUAAUAAAAAUAAUAAAUAAAUACUAAACUAGUUAAGAAUUGUAGGAAUAAAAAAAAAAUAUUUACACCAAUAAUAAUGUCACAAUGGAAAUAUCACAUUUGAACCAAUGCAUUUUGUUGUUAAAUAACCACUAAUGUUUUACAUUUCCAAUAAAAACAGGAUUUAAAAAAAUUAACCAAAUAAUCUCAGAUAACAAUAGCUGCCAGAAAAUAUGUAAUGGAGAAUUAUUCUUGUAUUUUGAAACAAAAAACAAUAAAAUUAAUAUUUUUCAAAUGCAUUGGUAUCCAAAACACGCAUCGACUUAACUUCAAUUUUCAGGCUUCCUCAUAAUAAUUCAACUUCAAUGCAAAUUUGCAAUAUUUUGCACUACAUAUAUGCAAUUUUGGCGAAAGGAAAAUUUCAAAAUAAUUUGAUAAUAAUACCUGUCACCACCUACCAUGGUUUUUUAGAUCACCAUUUUUAUCGUUAUCGGCUCUAAUUAAUUUGGUACUUAGUGUUCGGUCUCCAAUAAUAAAAGAGGUAAAUUAUAUCACUAAAGUUGGCAUACAUUUUUCAGAUAUUUCAAAGAUUCCGUAGCACACAAUAUUAUUAUUUGGAUAAACGAAGCCUACAAACCAAAUUUUCUUAGAGCCUCAUAACAAACUAGAUUUACUCAAAAAAAAAAAUUAAUUAAACCUAACCUCUCCACCUCAUCCCCGACUAUACAACGCGACGUCAUGACAGUAUACUAUCCAAAUCCAAACUAUUCUGUUGUUGAAGAUUCAAAAUACUGUUGAUGGCACUUUGCACCUGUUCAUCGAUACUAUUAUUCUCCGAUUCUUCCUCCUUACAGCUGCCGUAGCUGCUAUUGGCUUGCGACGAGGCGUUAGAUUCGUAGCCACACUUUGAUUGGCCGGGAGAGGUAGAGGAUGCCGGAUUACCGCUACACUGUACACUAUUUACACCGGGUUCGUGUCUUUUCGUGUGCUUGUCCACACGAAACCGCUUUAACGUUUCUAGACGUGAGUCGCUACUCGAGUUACGUUUUAGAUGAUGGUGGUUUUGGACCGAUUGGUGGUUUAAGGGCUGAGGGGUCAUCGAAUGGGACUGUUGGUGGUUGUUGUGAUUAGGGGUGGAUUGCUGUUGGUUGUAAGACUCUUUGGAGUCUGGUAUACAGCCUAAUUCCCGCUGAAUGCAGGCCCACUCAUCAUAUUCUUCAUUGGCAGAAUCCACUUCGUGCCCCUGUAA